AUGACCAGCUUUUGUCCUCUCUGCAAGAAAGAGACUAAGGUGAGCAAGGUCCCGUCUGGAAGGGCACCUCUUACUCUUUCUAGCUGGGAGAACAAGAGGCAACCCUCCCGCCAUGCCCUUAAAGCAAUCGGUGAGGAGAAGAAAGAGAAGGCGAAAGGGCUCGCCCUCGAAUCAAAGGGCGAAGUGAGAGCUAUGGCAGGUAUAACGGGUUCAGCGGGCUACUUUGAGUCUAAUUCCCUCGUGGCCGGCAAGAUUCUCUUAGUCAAGUCCUCCGGCUGCGCGAUCGAAGGAUCUAUCUCCAUCAUAUCAUGUUUUUCCGUAAAGCUCCGAAGACUAGACUGGGCUGCAUUGCCCUACCUUCAUACCUUCGCCCCGAUGUCCUGUCUUAAGCUUCCCCCGAGCUACUUUAUUAAAGCAGACUUUUCCUCAUCGUCUGCGUCUUUAGUCGAAAGGCUUGAAGUUUCAAAAGCUAGGCUCAAUAUUGGUCUCAGUCAGUUAGGAGUUCCAUUGAUAACAGACAUUCCGCUAAGGAUAAGGUCCGAAGUUGGCUACUGGUGGCUAAAGCUUCUUAGUACUUCGCCAGAAGAGCCUACCAUUAUUGAGUCCUAUUCUUUCGAGAUAGAUGCUUUCCUGGUCAAAGUCCUGUUGAAGAAAGCUAGAACUACGUUAGCGGUGAGAGAAAGGCGGCGACAGAGUCUGAGGUUCGAUGCAAUUGACGACCUUUGGGAGAGGAAAGUUGGAAAUCUUUGCCCAGAAGUCAUCGACGCUCCGUCCUUUCCUAGGGCCUCCCAAGCUUCCAUGGGGAAUGAUUGUCGCCUAUAA